AGGAUGAAUGGAAAAUAAAAAAAAAACAAGACUUAUCCUUUUUCACAAUACUUCAUUAAUUACUCUGAUAAUGACAUAUUUGAAAAAAAAAACUAAAAAGAGAAAGGAGAAUUUCAAUUUUAAUUGAAACUCUCAUCUGAUAAUGAGAUGAACGAAUUUUUAAAGUGAAAGCUUAGGGAAACAUCGAUUUAUCUAGAAACCUAUUGAUUUUAAACGGAAAAAUGAAUAAAUCUUUUUUAUCCGAAAUUUACUUGACUACAAAAAAGUCUUUUAGCGUUUCCAUUUCCAAUCGAUAGUUUUCGAGAUAAAUCGAUAAAUGAAAAAAAGUGAAGUUCGACUCAUUUCACUGUUGUCACCUGGCCAUUGAAAUUGUAAAUGAAGUUUAAUUGAAGUGACAGAAUUAACAAGGGAGGAUUCAUUUUAUUCAUUAUCUUCGAGGAAUUGAGGGAAGAGUGGAUUGAUCUCUUGUUGAAUUUAAUAAUUCAGUGGCGGGAGAAUGUGCAGGUGAAAUAUAACCUGUAAGACAAUCAAGCACCAGAAAGUUUUUUGAGGGGUUUGAGCGAUACUGUCCGUAAUUUUCCGAUAUCCAAAUGUACGAAUAGAUCAGAAGAUGAGUCACAUCGUCGUGAUUAGGGGGUACAAGCCUGGAGAUGAAUUAUACUGUCGCGACAUGAUAAAGGAUGCCAUCAUGACAUCCUUCAAUUCUGCGUUCAUUGCCAAUCUCUUCAAGGAAGUCACUUUUCAAUUGAUGAUUCUUUGUGCUGCUAUCAUGUUCAUAUUCUUCGGGAUGCCUUUCACUGUUUGUUUACUCGUUAUUCCCAUUGUUAUUUUUAUCACUUACGCUGGGACUUACCUCGGGUGCGUUAUGAUUGCGGCCGAGACUAAUCAGGAGAUAACAAAUGUUCCCAGAAUUUACAUGUCCAAUGCGUUUUCUUGCUUUUGGGUAGCCGAGGCCUUCCAGCCGUAUUUGAUGAUGAGAGAGCCAAAGGAUUACCACUAUACAAUUAUGACUGAACAGCAAUUUCGUGACUCAAAAAUCGAUGUGUCCUCUCAGGCCAGAGUAAUAGUGGGGACAGUGGGUCUGUUGAAAAGCCACAAAGUGGAGAAGGGAGCCUGGAUAAAACGUCUGCACGUCGAGAAAAAAUAUCGACGAAAAGGUGUGGGAUCUCUUCUACUGAGCAUCGCCCUUCAAUUUGCAAUUGACGAGGGCUACAGCUGUGCAGAUCUCGUCACCUCCGAGUAUGCUGAAGGAGGUAGAGAGCUCUGCUUCAAAAAAGGUUUUGAACUCAAACAAAUGUAUCAUAAACAGGUCAUCGGACCCAUGUUCAGCUAUCUCUUGUAUGAACUCACUUAUCAAAUUAAGGAGGAGAAUAACUAUUACAGUAGAACGCAUCCUAAAAAUAUAUUAUGAACUGUGUAAUUCCGUCAUUAUUGCACAGAAAAAUCUAAAAAAAAAAUACGCAACCAAGAAUCUUGCAGGAGUGUAAAUUAAAAUUUGGAAAAUGUCAUUUACGAGUUUUGAAAUUAUUUGAAUUCGGUAGGAAAAUAGGGAGAUCACAGAGAGAAUAUGUAGUAUUAAAUAUCGAAAAGUAACUUUAUUUUCUUUUUACACGAAAUCAAGUUUUAUACGAAAUACAGAUUUUUUACAUUCCCA